AUGGAGGCAAGCAGAUCAGAAAUUUCUGCAGCUGAUGAAAGCGAGGAAGUAAUGUAUACUUCUGUCAAAUUCUCUCAGACUCCUCCGCCGAGGGCUAAAGCUCCACAGGAAAAAAGAGCUCCCUGUCUGUGGUCAGCAGUUCUGAAGGGCUUGGCCAUAGGCUUUGGGACACUGAGCAUCUCCCUAGCAAUUGCUUUGAUUUGGAAGAUGAGUGACUGCCACCCACAGUGCCCUCAACAGUGGGUGGCCUACAGAGGGAGCUGCUAUUCCUUCUCCACAGAGAAGAAGGACUGGAAUUCCAGCCAGGAAUCCUGCAGGGCACAGGGAGCUCACCUCCUGGUGAUCAGUGACACCUGGGAGAUGGAUCUGUUCAAGCGUGUUCAAGCAGAAUGUUUUUGGAUUGGACUGAGGAACAGUACAAGCUCUGGAUGGAUUUGGGAGGAUGGCUCUGUAUUAAGUGAUGCCAAGGUCCACUCUAACAGCCCUGUGCAAAAUUGUGCUGUCCUGAUGAAAGAUCAGUUUCAUGCCUCCAGCUGUGAAGUUUGGGCUCCAUGGAUCUGUGAAAAAAUGCUUAGAUAAAUCCCAUGUGCUUUUUCAUGUCACAGCAACCUCAUCAGUGGUAUGAGUUGAUUGUUGUCCUGCAAAUUGAAGCUUCACAUAAGAGCAAGGACUUGUCUUUUCCAUACCUUCACUAAAGUGUUUUACAAGGGCAGGUUUGUUGUCCAUAAGGGUGAAUUACUCUCAGCAAUAGAAAAUCUAUUCUCAGAUCACAAGUGCUGGAUUACUGCUGUUUGUGACCAGAUGAGACCUGGGACAUAUUCACUGGCCUACUCUUUCCCUUAUUUAUUCUAUAAGGGCAAAUAAAAGCUUUGUCACAACAGGUGUCUUCAGACCUCUGAGGGGGACAUAGUCAUUUUCCCUCACUGUUAAGUAUCAGAUUUCAUUUCCAUUCCCUGCAUCUCCAUUGUCUAAUAUCAGAAGGACCAGGAAAAUGAGGCCUGCUGUUCAUUGACAGAAAUAUAUUUCUCCCAGUGGCAGCUUCUCCUUUUGCAUCCCAGUGGUAUGAGUGGGAGAGAAGACUGUGAAAAGAAACUGCAGCUUCUGUAAAUCCAGCAGUGAAAAUAA